CUCCUACCAUGGUUGCAUCAAUAAAAGCAUAUUCAAACUCGGCAUUCGCAGAUAGCAGCUGUUGCCGCAGAUAUGAAGCAUUUUGUACGUCCUUAUAUAGCGCAACGUGGACGGCCAGCGACGAGGGCAGGUGGGGUAGAUCGAUGGUUUCCAACGACACAGUCAUUGUUGUGAAAGGUCGAUUGGGGGCUGCUGUAGCUGUCGUGGUAAUUAUGGAUGGGCCAAACAAGCGAAGUACUGCAAUCCCAAUCCUUGCGUAGAGACGACGUCCGUUAUUGCCGGCGAAACCUUUAAUAUCCUGAGUUCUGCGAGAAACCCCACGAUAAGAUGCCGGAGUUAACUUGUUAGGGCCGGGGCUUAGUUAAUCGGGUCCCGUGACCAAUCACUUCUCGAACGUUCGGGGUACUCGCCAUCAGUGAUAUCACCUCCGCGCCUCGCCUUUUAAUCGUCCCCUUCGCCAUCAGUAUCACAUCCACAUCGACAUCGCAGUCAUGGCGCUCUUCUUACGGCGCCCCUUUGCCGUGCCGACGGCUCUUCGUCAAUUACCCAAAUCCACAAAUGCCGCCCGAUUCAUCCAUAACUCUCCGUUCAAGCCGGUCCAGCCGAAGCCCGUUUCUCCCGCCUCAUCCUCUAUUUUCGCCAAGUCACGACAGACAUUCCAGAAUGCAUUUCGCCGCACAUACAUGCAGCCUACGUACAAUGCCUCGCAGGGUGAUUUGACCCAAAAGCUGAUUUACGGCGCCGCCAUCAUCGGUGGAACAAUUCUGGCAACAAACUUGAUCUUCAACCGAGAGACAAGGGAAGAUGGUGGAAUGCCGCAUUACGAGCGAAGCUAUCUGAACGAAACAUUUUUGCACACUGGACUUGGUGUUGGAAUUAUUGGUAUCGCUGCUAGAGCUCUGCACUCGAGUGGAUGGUCGUAUCGUCUAAUGGCCACCAACCCUUGGGCUGUUGCCGGCCUCGGACUGGUGGCGAGCAUUGGAACAAUGUACGGAACUUUCUACACUUCUCCGGACAACUAUGUGAUGAAGUACAGUCUCUGGGCUGGGUUCAACCUCACCCAGGCUGCCCUUCUUUCUCCAUUGAUGUUCAUGCACCCGGCGUUGCUUGCUCGUGCUGGUCUCUACACCGUUGGAAUGAUGGGCUCGAUUGCUUUCGUUGGCGCCACUGCUAAGCAGGAGAAGUAUUUGUAUCUAGGUGCCCCCCUCCUCGCUGGUGUCACCAUUGUUGCCCUUUCCGGAUUCGCGCCUCUUGUCCUUCCCUCCACCGCCACUCGUGCUCUGAUGUGGUCUGAGAAGAUCUGGCUGUACGGCGGCCUCGCUGUCUUUGGAGGCUUCACCCUAUACGAUGUCCAGAAGAUUUUGCAUCACGCCCGUAUGGCUCAACAAGGCCUUGUCCGCAGGGAUGUCGUUAACGAGAGCAUCAGCCUCGAGUUGGACUUUAUCAACAUCUUUGUCCGCAUGGUCCAGAUUCUGGCUUUGCGCAACAACAACCGAAGAUAGAGAAAGACCUUUCCUUGUCAAUGGUUGUACUAGGGGUCAUAUGGUGUUGCUUAUUCGCUUGGGAUGUAAUGAUAGGGUGCAUUAAGGAGCUUUUCUAAGUCUAAUUUUUGAUAUGUGAUUACUUACCUUCCAUCUUCGGCAUCGCGGAUUCCUAUCAAUCUUCAUUGAAAUCGCCGCUCAAAUUAUGAACUGGCAAAAGAAAAAAAAGAAAAGGAAGAAAAGCCAACAUUUCUCACAUUUCCUGAUCUCUACUACAAAAUAUGAUAAACCAUGCUGUGUAAAUCUAAUUAAUACUCGCAGAGUUGUUUUACCUACGUAACUUCAAGGUUGGAACCCUAUAUGCCUAGAGCAA